AGGAAACCAAGCAGAACAUCAUCGUCCGCCGUGCCCUACAAAAUUAGCAUCACGCAUCCCGGUGAAAGGUAAAAAAGAAGUGACCUCAAGUUUACAGGUACAAAUACCGCCCCAGAGGCCCUCCCCGUCAUGACCUGCUUUCGAUUCACCACGACCCGAAUCCUCAUCGUCUCAGCCCUUCUCGCCGCAUUAGCCUUACUAGUUCCUAGAAUUCGCGAACCCCUGCGCCCCGCGUUUAACGACAUACCGUCAUUCCUCGACCGCUCUACAUCAACCCGUACAGAAAGCUUCAACGCUACAAUGACCGGAAAGAAGACGGUUGCCUACUUUGUCAACUGGGUUAGUGAUUUUAAAUUACGAUUGCUGUUAUUCCGAUGCAGUGAGCUUUAUUGUUGAUUCCCCAGUAUCGCAAAUAGGGCAUCUACGGCCGCAAUUACCAACCCCAGGACAUCCCAGCUUCUCAUUUAACACACAUCUUGUGUAAGCCAGCGAACAGCGCACCCUGCCGGAAACUCUGCAAUACGGCGUAGCUGGGCACAUGACAGAUAAGCUAAUGCUGCACCAGACUCCUUCGCCAAUGUCCGCCCUGAAUCCGGUGAAGUGUAAGCCCUCGUCUCCUCCAGCAUCCCUAUACGCCGGACAUUCCGAUCUGACCAAGCACUCCCACAGUUACCUGAGCGACACGUACUCCGAUCUUGGUAAACAGCUAACAAACCACCCAUAUCCAGACAGACAGACAGACAGAAAGCUAACAAUCAAACAGAAAAGCACUACCCCACCGACUCCUGGAAUGACGUUGGCACUAACGUCUACGGCUGCAUCAAGCAGCUCUUCCUCCUGAAGAAGUGCAACCGCAAGCUCAAGACCCUCCUAUCCAUCGGAGGAUGGACCUACUCUGCCAACUUUGCGCCUGCAGCAGCUACGGCCGCCGGCAGAUCUACAUUCGCCAGGACCGCUGUUCAGCUCGUUAGGGAUUUGGGAUUUGAUGGUAUCGAUAUUGAUUGGUAUACCCUUUCGCCUGAUGUUUUAUAUGAGGCAUGUGUUAACCCGGUUGGACAGGGAAUACCCGGCUGGUACGACAAGAUUGGGAUAUCUUGAUACUGGCGAGGACCAAGCUAAUAUCUCGAUAUUUUAGAUGCCACUCAGGCUCAGAACUUUGUUUCUCUAUUGGCAGAGUGCCGUGCACAACUCGACGCUUAUGGGAACCAGUACGCACCGGGCCAGAGGCUGCUUUUGACUAUUGCUGCUCCUUGCGGCGGUACAUACCCACCUUCCCCCCUACAAGUAAUCCCCCCAGUCUGACUGUGGUGCCCUCCCAGCAACCCACUAUACCAAACUCCCAAUCGGCCAAAUGAACCAAUACCUCGACUUUUGGAACCUAAUGGCCUACGACUUCGCCGGAAGCUGGGAUUCCAACGCCGGCCACCAAGCAAAUCUCUACCCCUCAGCUGCCAACCCGGCAAGCACGCCCUUCAACGCCAACGACGCCGUGAACGCCUACAUUGCUGGGGGUGUCCCGUGCAACAAGAUAAUCCUCGGCAUGCCCCUCUACGGCCGCUCCUUCCAGGCCACUGCCGGGCCCGGAACCUGCUUCACCGGCAUCGGCGGCGGGAGCUGGGAGAAUGGCGUAUGGGAUUACAAGGCGCUGCCGAAAGUCGGUGCUAACGAGAACGCUGAUAGCAGUACCGUUUCCUCGUGGAGCUAUGACCCUGCCGCCCGGGAGAUGGUUUCCUACGAUACCCCCAUUGUUGCGCAGUUCAAGAGCUCGUAUAUCCUGGCGAAGGGCUUGGGCGGUGGCAUGUGGUGGGAACUGAGCUCCGAUAAGCCGAUUGGGGACCCGAGAUCUCUGAUUAAGACUACCGUGGACUCGCUCGGUGGCACGGGGUCACUGGAGACCACCCAUAACAUUCUUACGUACCCCGGAAGCAAGUAUGACAAUUUGAGAAGCCAGUUCGGAAGUGAAUAGGCGUUGGCGGACCCCCACAGUCCCCCGACGGAUGGGAUGGAAAUGGAUAUCCAUCAGCAGAUUUCCUCUGUCAAGGGUUUUUCAUGAUAUCUAUUUAUUCGGGACGGGUUGUGAUAUUAUUGCUUGGAUCCACGGUCGCUUCUGGAUAGGGAUAGGAUGGAGGAUACGGCUUGUGGUUCAUUAGUCAUAGUAUAUCACUCGUUUAUAUUAGAAAUCAAUAAUAAUUCGAGGUAUGGCUUGGGGAAGCCAAAGUGAACAAUCAG